AUGCCGCGAACACGAUCGACCAAGGCCGGGGCGGCGGACUCGGCCGAACCUGCCACGCCAGUCUCGUCAUCCAAGUUCGCACUCACGCCCGCCGCAGGACCGCCUCCGAAACUCUUCAUCCUCCCGAAGAGGGCAACGCCGGAAGCCCGCAUCGUUACGCUCCCGAACCCCAGACACGGCCAGCCAGCCCGAUACCUCGUCUGCCCCGAUACUGGCAUCUAUGAGUUCACCAAGAUUGCCGCCCCCAGCACCACGCCUCGAAGCUGGCUCGUCGAGACCCAUGGAGGCUCCCCAGAGACCAAGACGGGAAACGCAAAUGAUAUCAACGCCCAGGUCCUGAUGGGGGCCGAGCUGUACAUUGCCACGAGCAUUGACCCAGUAUUCCUCGUAUUACCGGCCCUCAUCGACUCUCAAGUAUCGAAGGGCUCGAACGAGAAGAAGCGCCUGUUCUUGUCCAGUGACGACCACUUCGACAAGCUUCCGGAGGAGUCGUCUCACCUGUCCGAGAUACUGAGAUGGGAGAAGACAAGGGCACUCAUCGAGCGCCGGAUGACUGCCAUAUGCGACACAGUCGAGGCCGGGGAUGAGAGCAUGUUCCGAAUUAACGAGAGCAAGCUGUUGGCGACCGUGCUCGGCAAGGCUCAGAGGAUGAGUGCCGCUGGUCUGCCUAACAGCAUGGCGGACAAGUUUGUCAAGCGACCCCUCGAAGCGCCGGUCAUCCUGCAGAAGCGUAUUCCGCCAGUCAAUGGCAGCCAAAGCGAGGCUGUUGACUCCCAGGUAUCGACACCGCAGACAGACUCGGCAGCCUCACAGUCCACAGUUACCACAACCGACUCGGCCACCUCAUUCACUUCGCAAGCCUCAACCGCCGCCACGUCUUUCACAGAGGAUGGACUGGCCACCGAUACCGUCAUGAAUACAGUCGAGGCGUCCGCGGAGGUCGUCAAGCUGCAGAGCCUCCGAGUGGCCUUUGACUUCAUCUGCUCCAGCUACGUCGCUCCAGUAACGGCUGAGCAGCUACGCCAGCAGCUGCUGACGAGCGAGUCCAUUGACUUUGCACCUCUGGACAAGUACCUUGCCAAGGUCGCCGAGCUCCGAGCCGAGGCAUUUGCCUCGCGGGCCACGACGGAUUUUUCCCGCAAACGCGCCUACGACGAAGAAGAGGAGGAAGCACGGCAGGAGAAGAAGCGGAAGCUGGAGGAGGAGAAGAAGCGCAAGGCCAACGAAAGCCGGGGCGUCAGGGACCUCAAAAAGGUCAACACGAGCGGGAUGAAGAAGCUGAGCCACUUUUUCAAGGCGAAAUAA